AGCACACCGAAUCCUGCAAAAAAAUGUGAAGAAUAUCCUCAACGCGCACCACUCACACUUCACUCCCAACUGUCCUACCGAUACGGAAAGGCAUGUGGUGCCAUUAAGAACAUUCAUAACUUCUAGUAUAAUAUAUUUGUCCCCUAACAACUUUCCAACUUACUCAAAACGAAACGGUCCAUGUUUACAUAUCUGCCAAAUGCAUUCAAUUCAAACUACAAUAACAAGAAGCCAAGAAUGAUUAAACAUGUAAGUACGCACAUAAAAACACAUACGUACUGCGUGUCACACAAUGAGAGAUCUGUGUCUCGCUCUUUGCUCCCCCUCUCCCUAGACUCUUCUCUUUGUCCGUCCGUCUUACACACCUUGACGCUAUCGACGGUUGAUUGCUACUUUGUUUUUGUGUUGUCCCAUUUAAAUUCAACCCAACCCACUUCAAUUUCUAAUUCAAGGUCACUCAGUCACUCUUUAUUGUUGUCUAAUCUAUGCAUCCUCGAGAGGGUUCUGCCUCCAUCUCUCGUGAACUUGAGAAAGAGACAUGGAGACAUACAAUCCUUUUGUCAUUUCAAAGCCUUGGAAUAGUUUAUGGUCGCUUGAGUACUGCUCCCUUAUAUGUAUUUGGAACCAUUUCUGCUGCGGAUAUCAAAUCACAUGGGCAGCAUGAACUCUUCUCCUUUGUCUUCUGGACUCUUACCAUCAUUCCUUUACUGAAGUAUGCUUUAAUAGUACUGAGGGCUGAUGAUAAUGGAGAGGGUGGUACUUUUGCAUUAUACUCACUACUGUGCAGGCAUGCCAAAGUGGGUUUGCUUCCAAAUGAAAGAAGUGCUAAUGAGAUUUUGCAGUAUGAGGAGGAAAAUCCUUCUAAAAUCAAGGUGGAAUCAGGGGCUAGAAGGGCCAUUGAAAAGCAUAAAAGCAGUCACUAUUUGAUGUUGUUCUUGGCCCUGUUUGGUUCUUGCAUGAUAAUUGCCGAUGGGGUUCUUACCCCUGCAAUAUCUGUGUUAUCAGCUUCUUCUGGUCUUCAACGAUCUUUGGUGGAUAUUUAUGAUCAAUUUUCAUCUUCACAAAGAAGAAAGGACUCUGCAGAAAGGAUUAUAAAUAAAUAUUUACCAGUUCCAGCUGCAUGUACUAUAUUGGUUUGCCUUUUCACGAUGCAACAUUUUGGAACCCACAGAAUUGGGUUUAUAUUUGCUCCAGUUAUCAUUAUCUGGAUCUUGUUUAUUAGUGGGGUGGGUCUGUAUAAUAUCGUCCAUUAUGACCCUGAAAUCAUCUGUGCAAUAUCUCCACAAUACAUGUUGAGGUUCAUAAGAAGCACCAAUUUCAGAAAUUGGAAAUCACUAGGAAGCAUCCUUCUAUGUAUAGCAGGUUCUGAGGCAAUGUUUCCAAAUCUAGGUCAUUUGUCAAACAAAUCUAUCAAGGUUACUUUUGUCUGCCUAGUUUAUCCAGCUCUUAUUUUAUGUUAUGCUGGUCAAGCUGCAUUUAUCUCCAAAAAUUUGGGCGAGGAUAUUACUCAUCUCACAGAAUCUGUACCGAAUAGCUUUAUCCGCCAUAUCUUCACGGUGUUAUCCCUAUUUGCUUCGGCUAUAGGAAGCCAAGCAACCAUAUCUGCAAGUUUUUCCAUCAUAAACCAGUGCUUAGCACUAAGUUGUUUUCCCAGAGUAAAAGUUAUUCACACAUCAGAUAAGAUACAUGGACAAAUCUACAUUUCAGAUGUGAACUGGGUAUUGAUGGUCAUCAGUCUUGCAGUCACAAUUGGUUUCCAUGACACUGCAAAAAUCGGAAAUGUUGCAGGUAUAGUCAUAAUUUGCGGAAUGCUUGUAACAACUUGUCUGAUGUCACUUGUGAUUGUGCUGCACUGGGAGAAGAGUUUGGUGUUAUCUGCAUGCUUUUUAGUAUGGUUUGGUUCGGUGGAGAUCAUGUAUCUAUCAGCGUGUGUGUUGAAUUUUCACAAGGCAGCCUGGUCUAUAGUUUCCCUUUUGGCGCUUUUGAUGACCAUUAUGCUUGCCUGGCACUAUGGCACCCUAAAAAAGUACAACUUUGAUCUAGAGAACAAGGUGUCCUUAAAUUGGCUCAUAGAUCUUAGCCCCGGUUCUGGGGUUUCCAGGGUACCUGGAAUUGGCUUCAUCUACACUGAUAUCGUGACGGGGAUCCCAGCUUUCUUCUCCCAUUUUAUUACAAAUCUUCCUGCAUUUCAUCAAGUUCUGAUCUUUGUAUCCUUCAAGUCUCUGCCAGUGCCUUAUGUUCCCCCAAGCCGAAGAUAUCUUAUAGGCAGGGUUGGGCCCAAAGAGUACAAGGUUUACCGAUGCAUUGUAAGGUAUGGAUAUUGUGAUCAUUCGAGGGAUACAGAUGCUUUUGAGGAUCAUAUUAUUCACUCGAUUGGUGAUUUCAUUUCCAGGGAUGAAAGUGAUUUAGAAUCCUUGAUUUCUUUAGAAGGAAGAAUGAUUGUCAUUGGAAGCCCAACUACAGAUGGGAGUGCAUUGAUUCCUCUAAAUGAGACCACACCGGAUGUGGUUCCUACAUGCCCCGCAAAUGAUGGGAUUCAAAGAAGUCCACUAGGUGAGUCGUUAGAGACUGAUUGUGCUCCUAUUAAAAGGAAAAGAGUUCGAUUUACAUUGCCUCCAAGUAGUCCUAAAAUGCCGGUUUCUGUCAGGGAGGAACUCCAAGAACUAGUUGAUGCCAGGGAAAGUGGCACUGCAUAUUUCUUGGGCCACUCGCAUUUAUCUGUGAGAAAUAGCGCAAAUUUUCUCAAGCGAUUCCUUAUCGGGACUUACGUUUUUCUUGAUAAAAAUUGUAGAGAGCCUCCAGUGGCACUGAACAUCCCUCAUGCUGCUCUUGUCGAGAUUGGUAUGAUCUACACAAUAUAAAGUAUAAAUCGUGUGAUGGAAAAUCGUUUACUGAAUGUAUAAGAAAAACAUGUAUUUGUGUACUCUUACUUAAUGAUAAAAAUGAAUUUCAUUUGAUGGUAGCAGACUUCAUUGAGUUUGGAAUUCCUUCACCACAAACAGAUACCUCACUUAGAUUAGUGUAUUCUGGGGUUUUUUAAAUUUUUUUAAUCUUAUUUGUUUUCCUCCAUCCUCCUUUAUUUGUUUAUUUUUUUUAUUGAAUUAUCUAUGUGCUUGCUGGAAGAUGGGACUAGAGACUUUAUCAAAGU